AUGUCUUAUUCUGCUUAUGCUCCUGGAGCACUCAAUGACCUGAGUGCUCCAUACUGGGGCAGCUCGUCGUAUGCUCGCUCAGCCACAAGGUCUCACCACAUGCAGCCUCGUGCUUACUUAUAUCAGCACCCACCAGUAUGGACGCCCUUACCCGACAGCCCAGACGAACUUCAUGAUUUUUCCGUGCUACAGAGGGAGGACGAAUACUUUUCACCCGAGUGGGAUGAGAGUCUACCAGAGUCGCAGCAAGAGAUGCCACCAGUUUAUCCUGAGAUGUUAAAUCCCUUGGUCCACUACGCCAGCCCUCGCUCCUUUGACCGUCGACACCUUGGAAGGUCUCACCAGCAUGGCUCUCAAAUUCAGGAGCCAGCCAGGAGGUCUUAUAACUUUGCACCUUAUUAUUAUUCACCAUCCAGUCGAGAUCAGUCUUCGUCACCCAUUAUGACUCCGCGUGCCAAGAGUGACUUGCCCAGCCGUGGCCAGAGUGGCCACUAUACCCGUGGCGAGAGUGACCACUCCAGCCGUGGCGAGAGUGGCCACUCCAGCCGUGGCGAGAGUGGCCACUCCAGCCGUGGCGAGAGUGACCACUCCAGCCGUGGCGAGAGUGGCCACGUUAUCCGUGACGAGAGUGGCCACGUUAUCCGUGACGAGAGUGGCCACGUUAUCCGUGACGAGAGUGGCCACUUCAGCCGUGGCGAGAGUGGCCACUUCAGCCGUGGCGAGAGUGGCCACUCCAGCCGUGGCGAGAGUGGCAACUUCAGCCGUGGCGAGAGUGGCAACUUCAGCCGUGGCGAGAGUGGCAACUUCAGCCGUGGCGAGAGUGGCAACUUCAGCCGUGGCGAGAGUGGCCACUCCAGCCGUGGCGAGAGUGGCCACUCCAGCCGUGGCGAGAGUGGCUUGUCCAGCCGUGGCGAGAGUGGCCACUCCAGCCGUGGCGAGAGUGGCAACUUCAGCCGUGGCGAGAGUGGCUUGUCCAGCCGUGGCGAGAGUGGCCACUCCAGCCGUGGCGAGAGUGGCCACUCCAGCCGUGGCGAGAGUGGCUUGUCCAGCCGUGGCGAGAGUGGCCACUCCAGCCGUGGCGAGAGUGGCCACUCUCGCCACAUGACUCCGCGUGCCAAGAGUGACUUGCCCAGCCGUGUCCAGAGUGGCCACUUUAGUCGUGGCGAGAGUGGCCACUCCAGCCGUGGCGAGAGUGGCCACUCCAGCCGUGGCGAGAGUGGCCACUCCAGCCGUGGCGAGAGUGGCAACUUCAGCCGUGGCGAGAGUGGCAACUUCAGCCGUGGCGAGAGUGGCAACUUCAGCCGUGGCGAGAGUGGCAACUUCAGCCGUAGCGAGAGUGGCUUGUCCAGCCGUGGCGAGAGUGGCUUGUCCAGCCGUGGCGAGAGUGGCCACUUCAGCCGUGGCGAGAGUGGCAACUUCAGCCGUAGCGAGAGUGGCUUGUCCAGCCGUGGCGAGAGUGGCUACUUCAGCCGUGGCGAGAGUGGCUUGUCCAGCCGUGGCGAGAGUGGCUACUUCAGCCGUGGCGAGAGUGGCCACUCCAGCCGUGGCGAGAGUGGCCACUUCAGCCGUGGCGGAAGUGGCGGGUCCAGCCGUGGCGGGAGUGGCCACUUCAGCCGUGGCGGAAGUGGCGGGUCCAGCCGUGGCUUGCCCACAUGUUACCUUAAGCACAUGCCUCUUCCCGCCAUCGACUGGCUGGGACACCUGAGCUACAGAAGCUGCAGCAGACACACUCUGCUAAAGCUGGGCAAGAAGAGGACAAAGAUGAUGUGUAAAGCUUGUAAUGUGCCGCUGUGUCUUGAGUGUUACUUGCCGCACCACACUGACAUGACCUACUUGCGUGCUCCACACACCUCGGCUCCACACUAA